AGCCCAAGUUCACUGGCUCGGCACUUCGCAGGCGGCUGGAGGGACCUCGGGGCUCCGCUCUGAACUUUGACUCCCGCCCGUCCCGGCCUCUCCCCGGGGGCUCCCCUCCGCUCCCCGGUGCCUCCAGGCCCCCGUCCCCGCUCGCGCUGCCCCGCAGGAUGCAGAUCUCACCCUUGCUGGCUGGUGGACUUUUACUUGCUCUGCUCUCCGUCAGGCUGGAGGCGAAGCCGGCGUCGCAGCUCCCACAGAAGGCUUCCCGCGGGGCGGCGGCGGCGGCGGCGGCGGCGGCGGCGGCUCCGCCUGAGGCGGCGGGCGCGGAGCGGGACAAGGAGCGGGACAAGGACAAGGAGAAGGAGCGGAGCCGCGGCACCGGCCCCAGGGAGGCUCGGGAGGCCCGGGCCGAAACCCGGCCUCGGGCGGGCUGGGCGAGGCUGCUGCAGGACCCGCCGGGCCGCCGCCACAAGGGCCUGCAGAAGAAAGGGCUCGGCAAGGGCUGCUUCGGCCUCAAGCUGGACCGCAUCGGCGCCAUGAGCGGCCUCGGCUGCUGAGGGACCCCUGGCGGGCUUUGAAGCAGCAGUCCGUUUUCUCCUACCACGGCCAGGCAUGGCCAGCCCCCAGGCAACGCCUAGAAGAGCAGAGACCCCCCCGAAAUGGACAAAAGAUGUGGCUGUGUUUUUCUUUUCGGUACGAGGAGUCAUGGCACCAGCUGUUUUGGUUUUGUUAUUUUUUUAAAAAGUGCUCUCUAUCUUAUAUAUAUUAUAUAUACAAACACUCACCAAGACAAGGGACAGUGCUUUUCCAAGAGACUGAUGAAGCCAGCUGUAUAACAUUGCUGUUUGUAAAUUCAUGUCAUGCAUAAAUGUAUUUAUGUUGUAAAGCUAUUUAUAUAUUGUUUAUAAAGAGAUAUUUAUAAAAAAUUAUUUAUGUAACUAAAUGAAAAGUCAAGCAUUGUAACAUUUUUUGUCCUAAGUAGUUGAAAAAGGUAAAGAAAAAAAAAAUCAUUCCGUGUGGCAUUUUGUAACCUGUCUUUAUUUAUCAAAUUCAUGUACAAUUUAAAUGUCAGAUUGAUUGAUUUUAACAGAGUGAAAGAAGAAAUUGUUCAGAUGUUUUAGAAAAGUCAGGAGCGAGAGAAAGGCCAGCUGAUAUUUUAAGCUUUGAUCCCAUAUGCAAAGUAAACUUGCUCCCAAUCCUGUGAUGCUCAGAUUGACCGAAUCCUGUGCGGCGCUGCGUGCAGCUGCAAGCCUGUGCAGAGCCCAACUGAACUCACCGCGAGAGCACGCGGCCUCGGGCAACUCAUCUAUCGCCCAGAUCCCGAAUCGCACCCGUGGAAAUAAGCCCAGCACGUUCGGCAGCCUAGAUCCGGAGUUGCUAGCGGUGUGACAAGCGCAGCAUUGGGUCUGGGCGUGUUUUAACCGCUUCCAGUCUGCAGGUUUGGGUCCAAAUUGCAUUCCGUAAAACUAGCUGUACCACUGGGGGCCGUAUGGAGAUGCAGUCCCUGCCGACAGCAACAAAGAGACCGCACCGGAUCCGGCCCCGGCUGUGCUCGCGGGAGCAGAGCUCGAUGCUGGAGUUGCUGUUAUUCUGGGAUCCAGCAGCUUACUAAGUAUCUUGUUGAUAUUCUCGCUCGCCAAGCGUUCGCUGCUAAGCUGCAAAGUCCCUUCCUCCAGCAGAGGUUUAUUUAACUGUGCCUGGGACAAUACAUAGACAGACCAAAAUAUACCGAGAGCUGCCUGGUAAGGAUUCACGGACACAGCUGUUGCUACAGCUUCUUGCUAUGUAAAGUGCAUGAAAUAAAUCGUUAAAAUGACUCGGAGCUCUAAAGGACACAGCAAGCGAGGGGGCGGGGAGCACAGCAAGUAGGCAAACUCCUGCACGAAGGCUCUUUGGUCUCAUUCUUCAAAGAGGCCUUAGAAAAAGAGUGGUGGGUGCCCAGCCCAGCCGUGACGGGAGUCACAAAUUAUGCCCCAACCAUUGUAGCGGGCUGGGAAACAACGAGCAUUAUGUACUGCUGGGCUCCGGCGCCUAGGACAGGGCAAAAAGAAAGUCACCGAGACCCAGAGGCAAAGAGAUCCUUUCCCUUAGCAACCACCAGGAAACCAUAGAAACCUCCGGCCAUGCUCUCCCCAACUAUUAGGGAACAUUAGCUUUACAGAACAAGAGGAUUCAGCCAGACACCCGACAGCUCAAUCAUCAGGUUAGAAGCGCGCACGUGGCGUCUCCAGCCCCGUACGAGCAAAACCUCCCUCAGAGGCAGGCACCCACCUCGCAGCGCCCAGAGUCCAGCUGGACGGGGAGCAGCAGCCGACGGACCGCUAAGACAUUGCCUGUUGGGAGCAAAAUCGAGACCUCGGAGGGAGGCAGGCAGGAAGGGCAGCUCUGUGCCCAGCCUCAGGGUUAGCGAGAGCCCACCCGAGAUGCCCCUGUGUAAGGAGAACCGGCCGCCAGGGCUCUGUAGGGCGAACAGCGUGCCUGUGAAGUGCACCCCGCUGGCUCUGUGCGCUUUUAGAGGAAAGGAGGGGCUGUGCCAGAUGCUCCUAAAGAGAUGUCUGUCAGAGGGGACUGUCCACAAUCACCCAGCGAACCUACGGGGCAGUAAGGAAUCGCUUGUUGCUCAGACCACGCACAGCGGGUCUAACAGCGGUGUAAGGAGAUGGUACCGCUCCUCACCCUCCGGGUCCUGGUCCUUCAGCAACGUGCCAGCAGGGACCACAGGCUGGGACCAAGGUGGAGCCCGUUUCCCUUCCAGCUUUGGCUUCUUGUUGCAAAGCCAGACCUAGAAUGAAACCGCCUGCCUGGUGACAGAGGGAAUUCAGUCUCAGGAAUUCACUCCACAAAACUCAGCUACCUACGGGGAGCGCAACGACCUGAGCCAAGGUUGGGGCAAUCUCAGAGAUCGCAGCCCGGGGUCGCGUGCAGUCUGGAUUCCCACUUCUCCUUUGCAGAGUGAGGUCCGGGGGCAGGGGGGGGGGGGGAAAAGCAGCCUCAGAGCAUGGGUCCCUUCUGUCCACCGGGUUUCCUGGAAAAGAGCAAGUCCGAGGAAAAGGACAAAGCUGCAUCACAAAAGGGCACGAGCUUGGCAAAAGGAGAGCGAGCAGAGUGGGCAGGAGGGGAUAACAGCUGGCUCCUGGCUUUGCUGCUUCCCCCCUGAGUGGGGGUAAGUCACCCUGUCCCCCAGCACGCUGCUCUCCCGCCCGCAGGACGGGAACAAAACGCCCACGCAGGGAUGCGAGCUGACGUGGAAGAGAGAAGGCAGCACUCGGGGGUGAAAGUGCACUUGGGAGAACUUUCAGAUCAACUCAACCUUAGCACCCACACGGCACAGCCAGGGGCUGGCAGGGCAGCGCGGCGCUGCGAGCAGAGGUCAGCUUUCAGGGCGCUGACGAGCACCUUCCUGGCUUGGCAGACGGGCCAGAACGGGAAACGGAAACGGCUCAUUAGAGCCCAGCGAGCAUCCGAUAAGGCCACAAUUAGGGCUCCCUGACAGGGGCUCGGUAGGAAAUGAGGCCAGGAGGAAAGAGAGGGGACACGGGAAUCCAAUUAAGAAGGGAGGAGGCAUCGCAUGCAGCAGGAAGAAAUGGAUCUCACUUCACUGCCUCUCGCGUGGUCCUGCCGGGUCAAACCCUCAUGACAUCCAGCAAAAGGAUGCAGGGCCAGCGCUGGAAACCCUCCCCAACCACAUCCCAGCACGGGCACGGUAUAAUUGAAUAGCAAGAGCUGCCUCGGAUGCAAGCUGCAGCCUCGGGGGGCUGGCAUCCAGCUUCUUAAAAGUGAGCUCAGAGCCUGGCACUUAGCAGAGGUGGGUGGACACGUGUGUGCACACCUGGAAGCGCGGGCGGCUGGCGUCCCAAGCUCCCCUCUCUACACCGAGGUCACACUAGCACCCACGGGACCAGCACAUCUCCUGCCCUACCUGCCAAAGGAGCAGCAGCACCACUCGGCUUUCAAGUGCGAGCGAUUGUGAUAUAACGCAGGGAGGGACAGCCCUGAUUUCUCCUCUUCAUCUUCUGCUGUCUAGUGGAAAAGGACAGGAGUUCUCUCCAGGGCUGGUGUCAAAGUGCCUCGCAAAGCCCAAACAGGCCGGAGCAGAGCUUGGAGCUCCCACAAAUAAGGACGUGGUUGCCUUCCAACACAUGGCAAAUCAGUUCUCUUCUCCCAGGCCACGAUGCAUGUUUUUCCCUGGCACCAUUAAUGCAGCUUUUCCAAGGCAUUUAUUGCUGAAGGGUUACAAAGCCCAGCUCAGGUGACAGCAAAUCCCAAACCAAUGAAGAGGAAGAAAAGCCCAGAGCAGGGGAGCGGUGGAAUUUUCCAGCUGGAAUGGGACUCGAGGCAUUGAGCAGGGACUGCUGGAGGCCACUUGCUCUAGAAAUUCCCCAAGCACAGGGGCUGCUUCCCUCAGAAUGCAGAAAAACGAAGGGAAGGGAUCACAGGGCAGCUUCCAGAGGGAGCCUGCUCUUGACACAAGCACGAGUCGAAAACAAGAAGGGAAUUGAAUCCAGGCCCCUUCCCGUCAGUCAGCAACUAACCUUGUCAGAAGGGAUGGCAGCACUAACCGAAUCAGGCAAUUCAUUAGGUUGGGGCACACAGCAAAAGCCCACGCUCUCUGGAGCAGAACUACAGUGAAAAUCCCGGGUAAUGAGUUGCAAACUGCCUUUGUAAAUGACAUUUCUGCAGUGACUCUGGCAGGCUGGGAAAAGAGCUAAUAGGAAAAUCAUUAGGUAGCAUCCCUUUGAUAUUGUUGCAGACGGCAUAGGCUAUUUUUCCUGCUCCCUCCAUAAUUAACCUGGCGUACUACCCAUAAUACUCCAGGCCAGCAUUCCCACAGUGGACCACUGCAUUUGCAUUGGGGAAAAGGCGGCUGUGAUACCCAGGAGGAGGAAGACUUCUAGAAAAGCUUAAAAAGCUUUGAGACUCUCCCCUCCCAUGCACAUGCGUUGCUGAUUUAACUGAAGGUGCAACGAACUUCUGCCCGGCCAGGAGACCACAGCACCUCCCAAACCUCUGUCACAAAGCCAGCACACCCGAGACGGGCUGUCUCAGGAAACUCAGCUGCAGAGGGGCUGAUUUGCCCUCUGCUUCCUGCUGCAGCAGAGCUGGAAUAGGACACAGCUCCGUGCUUUGCCCCUUUAUUUAUGAAACCAUCCCAUGUCCUUGUCCUUGAUUUCCAGGAUGCUAAACCAGGCAACAGACUGCGUCUUCCCACGUGCAAAACAGCUCUGAGGAGCGAUGCCUACCCACCUGGCCUGUCUGCCGGCAAGGAGAGGUGUUAUCUCACAGUCGUGAUGUAAAAGGGACAGCAUCACAGCUGGAAGGUGAUCCUGCAGGAACCGGAGCUCUCUACCAGCUGCAGAGGUGACAAUGAAACACCAAGACGUUACUGCAUCAGCACAAGGCAGCCUUAUGAUCGUGCUGAUCAUGAGGCAGUGACUGAGACACCAGGGCUGGUGAGAUAAACAGCGCCUUCAGGAAGAGUCUGGAGAGCUAGACAGCACCACUUCCAAACUUCAGACCAUGAAGAUACAGACCUACGGCUGGAGUAGCACAAAAAAAAAAAAUGAUCUCUGAAGGAGUGAGGCUUCAUUUAUCCACCACACUCAGUUCUUCUGGAAAAGGAGGUAUCACAGGUGAGCGAGUAUUUGAAAAACACCCCAACGAUAUCAAGAUUCACAAGCUUCUACAGGAGAGCUAGAGCUGUGGAAAGGUGCUUUACCUUUCACUAAAAGUAGGUCAAAUGAGGACCACAGGCACAAAUUCGUUUGCGGAACACGGAAAUACACGUUUCAGGACUGGUACAUGACCUUACGGCAUCCCAUUAACUACCUACAGUUUGCAGUGUGCACGUUCCCUCAGUCCAUCUCUUCUUGACAAGAGAAGGCCACGCUCAUCACAGCUACCACACUCUCACAGUCUGUAACCUGUAGCAAAUACAUCAGGGUAUCCUGCCAGGUCUGCACCCUGUGCGAAACAAACGUGCGCCCGUGUGUUUGCAAACAGGGAGCGAAGUGCUGCUCUGCCUGGUCCUUUGCCUGGUUCUCUAGUUGGAAACGGGGGAGCCACCACAGUGCCGCUAAGAAGCGGGGUGCAGGCAAGCAGGCUAGAGGGUAAACACGCACUCUCUUAGCAGCACACCUCUGUAGCUUCAAUCACUUACCUCUGCGGUAGGGCCAAACUUGAAGAAAUAUCAGCAAAAUGUCAACAGUCCCUGAGAGACGCCGACCUUCGCCACGGAGCAGAGCGGAACAGUGACGUAUCUCUAAAAAUUCCGCCAAGAAAUUCUACCAGACUGUCAGGUCACAAAUCCACAAUAAAAAUACAACGUUGAGGUCACAAGUAGGAACUGAGACGCCUGUAAACUUUAAUUUACCUUUCCUGAUGCCCCUGGGUUACCUGCCCUCAGAUUACGCAAAAAUAAAGUUGACAGUUUCGCUUUUUGGUUGCCUUGCAUUAGGUCAGGCACCACAGAGGGCUUUGUGGAGUAAAAAAACCAGAAAGCUCCAUAUAGGAGUAGAUGACAGAGGUCUGACGGGCUGGGUCUGUACACUUGUGGGACAGGUUCUUUGAUUUAUCCUUUUCCUCAUCUUUAAAUAAGGAGCAAUGCUGUUUCUCUCCACUGCAAAGCUUGUAAGAGGCUCAGAUACUGAAGUAACAGCCAGCAGCACCAACUCUGCGUCACCUUUGACUGUUUUACCCCAGCAGGAGGUGGGGCUUUGUUUGGUUUUUCAAAAUCAGAGGCCUCUCUAAACAGCUUAGACAGCACUCAAACUUGUACAGAACUCAAAAUUUAGGGCAAGUCUGAUUUACUCAUUGGAGCUGCCACAUUCUAAUACAGCUCUCUACGUUUACAGCACUCGCUUCCACCUUUCCUGCGGUGAAUAAACUCAGCUUCCCUUUUGGACACACGAACCAAUGCAUUUUCCCAUCACAGGAUGGGCAGAAUGCUAAAAAAAUAACAACCACCACCCACUAGGUUCGGCAUCAGUUUCCAUUCUUCCAGGAACAGGAAGCUUUUCAGCAAAAUCCACUUUGUAGGGCUGGUGGGAGAAGAGUCAUCUCUUGCCACCGCUCUCUUCUAUGGCCACAAAAGCUUCCCUUUCUCCAGCUGCGCUCUGGAACCCUACAAGUCCAACCCCUGCACCCCAUCCGUGGAGGGAGACCUCCCAAGCAGGUAGAGGCUCCGUGGCACUCGGCUGCUGGUCUGAAAACUGAGCCUCAGUUUUACUAUGGCCUUAGCAGGGCAGACUUGGAAGCAACUCCGUGAGCAUCCGUGGGAUUUCAGAAGCCUGCACAAGACCGAUUGCAGGAUGGGUCUCAACUGAAAACCCAUCAGGGUCUGUCAGCAUUACCAAUUGAACCUCCUGUUCUCAACAGAAGACUAAGCUAGCAUUCAGCUCAUUUAAGGAGGUGGGAGGAAAGUAAAAGGGCUAUAGAUUUUCACCCAAAAUAUUUUUGUGAAAAGAGAGAUACCACCACUGCUUUAUCACGUUCCAGAAUUGCCUGAUGUUAGUGGGUAUCAACUGAGUCACAGCAGGAAUGCCAGGGACAUUUGUUAGCACGAGGCACAGCUUUAGGGCUAGGGCAGUCUACCAGCACUGCAAUCAGCUGAGAUCCUCUCUUCCAUUUUCCAGCUCAGUGCUCAACUCCAUAUUAAACAAGCACUAGUACAAGCGGAGCUGCAGAACACGAAGCUAGACAAUAAAGCCCUGAAGAGCGGAGGGAAGGCAGCUCCAUCUCUCCGGGCGGAGGAGGCAAACGGAAGUUCAAUAGCUCAAACUCUGUCCUGCUGCAGUCCUGCAGGAAGCUGGAGCAGCCCGGUGCUGCCAUAAACCAAAGGAGGUCAGGAUGCUCUCCCCACAUCAGGGAGCAGUGUCCAGCGGCGCUCAGACAAGCUGUGUCAGCUGCCUGCAGCAGGCACAUGCAAUACACCGGAGUCUGCGCCAACCCCACCUCUGCUUCCACCUCCCUCUGUCCCCAGAGCACAUUUAAGCUCUGCAGACAUCCCCCACAG